GGCCGGCAAGAUGGUGGCGCGCAGGGGGAAGCGCGCGGCGCGGCACUCUGAGGCGCGGAUCCCGAGCCCGCCGGGCUACUCGGCCAUUCCCAUCAAGUUCUCGGAAAAACAGCAGGCUUCUCAUUACCUCUACGUGAGAGAGCACAGAGUUCGAGAAGGCACCAAGUCUUCCUGGCCUCAGAAGAAGACCCUUUUUGUCCUCAAUGUGCCCCCGUACUGCACAGAGGAGUGCCUGGCCCGCCUCCUCUCCCGGUGCGGCCCUGUCCAGUCUGUGGAGCUACAGGAGAAGCCAGAUCUUGCCGAGGGCCCCAAAGAGCCCAGGUCGAAGUUUUUUCAGCCCAAGCCUGUCCCGGGCUUCCAGGUAGCCUAUGUGGUGUUCCAGAAGCCGGGCGGGGUGGUGGCUGCCUUGGCUUUGAAGGGCCCGUUGCUGAUCUCCACCGAGACGCACCCCGUGAAGAGCGGCGUGCACAAGUGGAUUGGCGACUACACAGACUCGGUGCCGGACCCCGAGGCCCUAAGGGUGGAAGUGGACACGUUCAUGCAGGCCUACGACGAGAAGGUUGCCGAGGAGGAGGCCAAGGCCAAGGAGGAGGAAGGGGUCCCUGACGAGGAGGGCUGGGUGAAGGUGACCCGCCGGGGCCGGCGGCCCGUACUCCCCCGGACGGAGGCGGCCAGCCUGCGCGUGCUGGAGAGGGAGAAGCGGAAGCGCGCCCGCAAGGAGCUGCUCAACUUCUACGCCUGGCAGCACCGCGAGACCAAGAUGGAACAUCUGGCACAGCUGCGCAAGAAGUUCGAGGAGGACAAGCAGAGGAUCGAACUGAUGCGGGCCCAGCGCAAAUUCCGGCCCUACUGAGUGUGGCCCGGGAGGGGCAGUGGAUGGCGGCGGCGGCGCCAGCAGGGACGUGCUCCCGGGGCGUGUCCUGGCUCAUCUCCAGAUCUGAGCCACGCCUCAGGGGCGAAGGGGACAGUCACCUGUGGUUUGGGGCUUCAGCAGUCCUGUACCUGGUGCUGGCCAGGCCCAGCCAGCAUGGGGACGUGGCCCGGGAAGUGGCGCCUUCCCUCUCCCCUCCCGUCCCCUCUCGGCCUGGCGUCUGACACCCGCCCCCCCCCCCCCCGCCCCCGCGUGUGCCUCGGCCUCGGAAGCAGGAAGAACACAGGGACAGUUUAUUUUUGAUUACAAAAGCCCCUGAGCUGUGCAUGGGGUCCCGGCCCCGUCCAGCUGCUGCCAGUGUUGCAGAUUCAGCCACAAACACACAACUCACCCCCUCCACUCCCCCCGAUCCUGGCAAUGUCUCCCCUUGAAUCAGUCAAGUUAGAAUCUCAGCGUUCUCGCUCCACCAACUGUGCCCUGGAUUCUGCCAGCCUGUCGGGUCGUACCAGGGAGGUCCGUUCCCCCCGCCUGGUUGGGGCCUCGGGAGGAGGGAGUCGGGGCAGAAGGCAUGAGGUCUCGGGGCUACGGACUCUGUAAGAAGGUGCAGAUGAUACUGGCCACGUUCUGGGGCUGGUUCAGGUGGACGUAGUGGUUGCCCGGGACUUCCACAAACUGGAACCGCUAGAGGAGGGAGGGUGCACAGUCAGGUGCCGCCCGGAGGGCUGGCGGGCCCUCUGCGCCCCGCUCUUCCGUGACCACUGCCGCGGUGGUUUGCUGAUGGGGCCGGUGGCUGAGCCACAGCUGCAGCGGCUUGGUGGGUGGACAGGCCUGACUGCGAGGCAAGAGUGCAAACUCGGGGUUCUGGGCCAUUGUAAACUGAAGCAGAGCUCGGCUGGAUGGGGGGGUCGGGGCUGCUGGUUCUGAUCAUCACGCGAGGCGGAGCACCUUUUGCACUGGGCUCUGCCUGACAGGACCGUUAGGCUCUGCGGGUGCACCCAGCCCACCAGGCGGCUUCCCGUUUAAGGCAGCGCUAGAGGCCCGCAGCGGCAGGUGCGUGUGGGUAGAUGAUCCUAAAAUGCCAGGUGUCCCAGGGAUGGGGGCAAAGGUCAAGGGCAGCUCGAGUUCCACCCUGGAGACUCACCCACCCCUGCUGCCAGCAGCCCUGAUGGGUGGUGUGAGGUCAUCUGUUCCUGUUUAGGACCCUAUAAAAUUGGGGGCCUCCCCUGGCCGAGUUGCACUUGGUCCAGGGUGUAUGUGAGGACAAUAAACUGGAAGGUUCUGCCAAUACAGCCUGUCUCCUGACAUGUGACCCCAGAUCUCCAGGGACUGUGACCACAGCAGGGAGGGGGCUUAGACCUGGGGCAGGGCAGAGGGGCGAGGGGCCCUGCGUGGCUGACGCCUUCCCAGACCCCGGCACCUACGUCCUUCAGGGUCGACUUCAGCGUGUCGAGCAAGAAGCUCACGGCUUCCCUCUUGUCGUCAUUCUCUCUCCGCACGGCAUAAAAUCCUUGGGUUGAUCUGAACGGGAAGAAACGGGG